AUGUAUUCCAGCUUUAGCAGAUACAUUGAGUCUCCAGGACCAAUACGGCCCGAUUCUAAAGGCUUAGGCAGGUCCAGAACGUUAUCUAACGUUUGGAGGGGCUACAAGCACCUGAUUCUGUCCACUAUUGCUGUUUUUGUUGUGUUGAAUUUGACCGCAUCUAAACAUCCCAAGUCGUCGUUAACCGCGUACAAAUUUUCGGAUUUCUACACGGACGGGUUCUUUGGCAACAAAACGCUGGUCAAGACCAGUCCACCCGCCAAAAAUGUUCACGAUAUGUACGUUAUUGAGUCUCGGUUGAACCAUUUGUUUCCCUACAACAAGGACGACGAGGUGGAGAACAAUAUUUGGCAGGUUUGGAAAUACAAGUCCGACGACAAACAGUUUCCCGUGAGUUGUUUUCCGCACAUCCAGAGAUGGCGUGUGGUGAACGACGACUACAACCAUAACCUGAUACUGAUGUCAGAAGGAGAGGCAUUGAUCGCCGACUAUUUGAAAGACGAGGUUCCCGAGGUGAUGGAGGCGUUCCAAAAACUGCCAGACAUCCGUCUGAAGUACGAGUUCCUCAAAUAUCUGAUUGUUUACAUCGGAGGGGGGCUUUUUGCCGACAUCGAUACAUUGUGUGCCAAGCCACUAAAAUAUUGGUACGACUCGCGGAUCUCGCAGGGGAAGUUGACGGUGGGGAUUUCGUCCGACUACAAUGACGAGAACUGGAAGCUGCUGUACAACAGGCGGCUCACGCUAUCGAACAAACUGUUCCGGGCCAAAUCGCACCAUCCGUUUUUGGCCAAGCUGAUUGCACGCAUCACGUUCAUGGUGUUUAACGACGAGCGGCUCCUCAAGGAAGUGGACUGGAACGCGGCCUUCGAGAACCUCGACAGCAACGGCGAGCCAUUGAUCCAGUGCACGGGUGAGUCGAUCUUCACCGACACGCUGUUUGAGUACCUGAACGAGCUCAAGUCGCCGUUUGUGUACCGCGUUGCCAGAACAGACAAGGACCUGCUACCGGAGGAGAUUGUUGGGCCCGAGACCACAGACCCGAUCUCGUACAAGCUGGUGAGCAUGUCUGUGGGACCGACCCAGAUCGACGAUGUGAUCAUCAUGCCACAGGUGACUUUCAAAGGGUCUGCCGAGUUUGAGAGCCAUUCAGGCAUCGGCACAAAACAGGACUACACGCGCGAGUACGACGACGAGGACAAACGGGAAGGCUAUGCGAAAUUCUACUAUGCUCGAUCGUUAAACUUGCUCACCUGGGACGACUUUGAGGAUUCGGAGUGA